AAUAAGUUCCUCAUUGCAGCUGCUCAGAGGUGGAGUUUCUGUCGGUCCCCUUUUGGAGUUGAAGAAUAGUAUCUAGUAAGUGUACGGUCUACCACAAUCUCGCACCUUGGACCACCUUUUCCAGAAACUCAAAGUCGUGUAUAGUACCUGGAAGAAAGAAACUUUCGGUCCAAGAGGGAAGCGAAGAACCCUCCCCGAAGUUCUGGGAACCAGUGAAAGUGUGCCAAAGCUGUAAAAUCGCCUGAGAUUAAUCAAACGACCCAUACUAUAUCGGGACCAAAUCAGGGGGACCAAGCUCGGAUAGGGGGAGAGGACUCUUCAACCACUAUCUGGGAUCAUAUUUGCGUGUUCCAGUUCCAAGAUACCAGGAAGUCCCAGUCAAGCGAGGCCAGUGAACCUUUGUUUGGUCCAUAGACCAUACUUGCUUAGGAAUGGGACAGCCAGCAACAACUAGCUUGGGUUCCCACCUCUACUGAUUAACUGGAUUACCUCUGGAUCAAAAUCGGAUAUCAUGUAUGAGCUCACUCCGCCAACACGAGAUGGAGCCAGGGACCGGGGCAACGAGUCGGAUGACAAUGGGCGUGAGAGCCCCGCCCAAGGACCACCCCAACGAGAAUCGAAUAACGAGAAGUUAAUGGUGGUUUUGAGGAUCCGUCCCAUGACCAAUGAUGAGCGGAGUCGGGGAUAUAGAAUCGUCACAGAGCAAGUGGACGAGAAAAUGGUCGUCCUCCUGGAUCCCAAGGGAGGUGGCAAGAAACAGGAUAUCUUGCGGAAGAAACGAACCAGCGAGCGGCAAUAUCUAUUCGACGCCGCCUUUGGUGGAGAUUCCACACAGGAGCAGGUCUACAACAAGACCACCAAACCCUUGGUCAAGUCAGUCCUGGAGGGCUACAACGCUUGCGUCUUUGCCUACGGAGCCACAGGUGGAGGCAAAACUCACACUAUGGUGGGCAAAUCGGACAACCCCGGCUGUAUGGUGCGGGCUCUCAAUGAUCUCUUCCAAGCCAUGGAAACGAGUCCCGAACAUGUGUUCAAGGUCACCAUGUCGUAUUUGGAGGUUUACAAUGAAAAUAUCCGAGAUCUCCUAAACCCCAAAUCUGGAACAUUGGACCUUCGCGACGACUCGAAAGGCAAGAACAUCCAAGUGGCCGGUUUGUCGGAGAUCGCCACUAAUAGCACGGAAGAGGUUAUGCGACUCUUGCAACGGGGCAACAAGGAGCGCACCCAAGAGCCUACGGCUGCCAACAAGACGUCAAGUCGGAGUCACGCCCUUCUGAUGGUCAACGUCAAGCAAACUGCCAAAUCCCGAGUCGGCGGCAAAGGAGCGGUCAAAAGCGGCCGGCUGUACAUGAUCGAUCUGGCGGGAUCGGAGCGGGCAUCGGCCACACAGAAUCGAGGGAAACGCCUCAAGGAAGGUGCCCACAUCAAUCGGUCGCUCUUGGCCCUGGGCAACUGCAUUAAUGCCUUGGCCGAAGGCAAGGCCAAAUUCGUCAAUUAUCGCGACUCGAAAUUGACCCGCUUGCUGAAAGACCCACUCUCGGGCAAUUGUCAUACGGUCAUGAUUGCCCAUGUCUCGCCCGUGGACAAGCACCGGGAUGAAUCCAGGAACACGCUCGUCUACGCCGAUCGAGCCAAGAACAUCUCCAACAAGGUGCGGAAAAACGUCUUGGACGUGUCUUACCACGUAACUCAAUACCAAAAUAUCAUUUCUGACCUGAAGACCGAGAUCGGUCGUCUGAAGGACAAGAUGCACUCCGAUAUCACCUACAAGAAGGCUGACAAGAGACAAGUGGAGGAAUUGAAGGAGCUGCGGGACGAAAUGGUCACGAAUUUUAGAGAACAAAUGAAACUCAGACGCCAACUAAUGAGUAUCGACAACCACAUCCUCUCGCUGUCCAUGGAGUUUGAAAAGAACAACAUCAUCAUCAAUGAAUGGGAGACAGAAAAGGCCAAGCGAAGGCACGACAAGUCUUACGAGAAAUCUCGUCGACGUAAGAAGAAGAAGAGCAAGGCCAAGGCCAAUGAGGACGACUCACCCGACUCACCUCAAGCAGAAGGGGACGAAGACGAAGAAGAUGGUCAAGGUGCCGAGGCAGACAAUGAGGAGAGUGGCUUUGAGGAUGACGAGGAAGGAGCGACAAGAUCAGACUCGGCCAAGAGUGGACAGCAAUCCGAUUCAAAGGCUGAGAGUGAGUUGGAGGACGCCGUGGACGCCAUGGCCAAAACCGAGGAUGAAGAAGCCGAGGAGACGGGCGCCGAUGACGAAGGCGAAUCCUCAGAUGCAGACAACGAAGAUAACAACGAGGAAGACGCUGAAGACACAUUGGAAGAGCCUGAGGAAGUGAAACAGGCCUGGGAGGAACUCAUGUUAGUUCAAAGGGAGCAAGAUCGAUACGCAGGCAUCAAAUUGGAUUUGGAACAAGACCUCCAAGAGACCAGGAAGCGUCAGAAACGGCUGGAAGAUGAGCUACCAAAACGAAUCAGUACGGAGGAGGAAAGCGAGAUCCUGUCUUUGCUAUGCAAAGUUCAUGAGCUCGAGAUUGAAAAGGUGGAGAUGGAAUCCAAGAACCUAUUGAAGGAAUUCGAAGUUCGAAGGCGGGAUUUGCUCAUCCUCAAGUACGACAAACAACAAAGCCUUUCCAAUGAAAUCAUUCAGCGCCAACGCAAACUCAUUGAAGCCAUGGAAACGAAUAAAAGCUCGAGUGGUCCCACUGAAGGACAAUCGGUUCCAAUGCCCCCAGAACUAAUGGAGCUCUACAGCCUUUACCAACAAGAACUGCAAACCAGAGAAACCAGUGAAAACGAUACAUAUCUGUUGACAGAAGCCAAAGAAAUCCUGAGGACCCCGAGUAUGUUGUCACUGCGUCCGGAACUGGAGGACAAAUUGCCGUCCAAAUACAGCGAAAACAAGUUGCCACCGAUCAUUCACGAGGGAUCAGGGGAGAGCGAGAAACUCUUCAGGUCCAGAACAGAAAUUCGGGAUUUAGAGGAUGAGGCCAAUCGCCAACGAGCUCAGAGUCAACUCAGCCUUCGAAGUCCUGAAGACUCGGCCGGAUCCCGAGCCCGGAGCUCACCGCUACCCCCCAUUGAGCGUGAAGGUCGCCAUCAAAGUGCGUUCUAUGGCGACACGGGGAAUGAAUUCUCAGUUUACCGUAUGUUGCCCCCUAUCUACGGCUACCAUACAUACAGGCAUCCUCGUUCUAAAUCCGUGGGACCAAAGAUCUCUCUAUCUCCUGACGGCGAAAGUAGUCGAUUUAAAUCGAAAAUUCCUCGAAGGACCAACGAGCAUCACCGAAGGAGAAAUAGUAUGUCGGAAAUGCCAUCUCAGUCCUCCGGGUCCUCAACGGAUUGCGCUCCGCUUGUUCCACUUCGAGGUGCCAAAAGAAAUAUGAGCCAAUAUGAAACCCUCAGACGAUUUCCGUCCGCCCCUGAGCAAGGAAAUUCGAGGCAUCUGGGAGCCAAAGAAGAUCAUCAUCAUCAUUAUCGUCGGCACCAACAUCGUAAUCCUCAUCAACGUCAUCGAAGACAUUCGACAAAGAACACGGAUCCGUUCCAAAACAUUGGGAUGACUUUGGAGCGCUAUUGAGUCGAGAACAAAGCCGACCCGUGUUCUUUAUUUAGUGCUUUUAGAAAAGAAGUCACGAGCUAGUUCCGAGACGCACUUGACGUCCGUGAAUUGAAUUGUACACUUGCUCUAUUUUUCCAUAAACUUUAUUGAAUACAUUCUUUUGGAAAGCUACAAAAACUACGGGCUAUGUUGAACUUAUGAACUUGAAAGCCGAAGAUAUGGUGGUUCCGUUUACUCACAGGAUUGUGCCUUGAACACUAAUAAUUACUGGCUAGCUAGCGUACUUGAACAUUACGCGAGUUUCAUAAUACGUAACUGUGACGACGGCAGCAGCUUCUAGUAACAGCCACAAUUUUGGGGUUUGAUCCUUUUUACUCGACAGUCUUCCCAAAGUUCAUCCGAAGCUGCUCGAAGAAAAUAAAGGUCAACACCGUGUGGGGUCCCAAGCGCACAAAGGCCGGGAUGUAGCCUUUGUAAAAUGCCAUCGGGCCUUGUUUG